AUGGCGGCGGUCGUGGCCGCGGCCGCGGGUGAGGAGAAGGAGCACUGGGUGCCCGCCACCAAGCUCGGCCGUCUCGUCAAGUCCGGCAAGGUGACCAAGCUCGAGCAGAUCUACCUCUACUCUCUCCCCGUCAAGGAGUACCAAAUCAUCGAUCAGUUCGUCUCUGGCCUCAAGGACGAGGUGCUCAAGAUCAUGCCCGUCCAGAAGCAGACCCGUGCCGGUCAGAGGACUCGCUUCAAGGCUUUCGUCGUCGUUGGUGACUUCAACGGCCACGUCGGUCUCGGUGUCAAGUGCUCGAAGGAAGUGGCCACCGCCAUCCGUGCCGCCAUCAUCCUCGCGAAGCUGGCCGUCGUGCCCGUGAGGCGUGGUUACUGGGGUAACUUCAUCGGCAAGCCCCACACCGUCCCCGUCAAGGUGACCGGCAAGUGCGGCUCGAUCCGCGUGCGCCUCAUCCCCGCCCCCAAGGGUACCGGCCUCGUCGCCUCGCAGGUCCCCAAGAAGAUGCUGCAGUUCGCCGGUAUCGAGGACGUGUUCACGUCGUCUUCGGGCCACACUGCCACCCUCGGCAACUUCGCCAAGGCCACCUUCUUCGCCAUCACCAAGACCUACCAGUUCCUCACGCCCGACUUGUGGAAGACUGGCAAGUUCCAGAAGGACCUCUACCACGCCAACACCGACUUCCUCGCCUCGUACGGUGAGAAGCACGCCGCUGAGGAGAAGCAGGCUCGUCACGAGAGGGACUAG